AUCAGCAAGCAGCGCCGUACAGGAGCUCCCCGAAACACUGUUGUUCAGUUCCGCCAGGGAGAGGAGAGUUGGCGGGAACGGAUUGGCUUCGGCCAGAUGCUUGUAAUUUGGAAUAGCAGCAAACCCUAGUUCGUAAGAGGAGAUCGAAAGAGUGGCUCUCACACACAGCGUCUCGUCUUAUCCUCCUCCUCCUCCUCGUCUUCGGCGAGCUCAGGCCUUCCCCACCGAGUUCGCCGCAUCCGCUUCAAUGUCGAGCCGGCCCGCCGGCCGCCGCUCGUCGGCGUCGGCCACGGCGGAGACCGCCGGCGCUAAGGCUGCCAAGGCAGCGUCGCUGGAAAACAGGCGGGCCGCCCUGGGAAAUCUCACCAACGUUGCCGGCGGGAGGACCGGCGCGGCCGAUGUGAAAUCCAGUUCAUCCAACUCAGUAGCCUAUGUGAAGAAGGGGAAUUCUGCUAGCCUUCCCAACGUGAACAGGAAAGUGGCUUCUGCCACAAAACCAACUUUCGACCGGUUUGAGCGAGCAAUAUCGCACCAUGGCAAUGCCCUUCAGAAGGAGAAUGUUUGUCGCCUAUCUGUGCCAACGUUGGCGCCCCAUGGCAGUUGGCCCGGCCUGUCUCAUGAUUCUGUUUCUAUGGAGGACGAUAUGCUAACAUGCAAUUCAGUGGAAAGCCCUGGUCCUCCAUUCCUUGACAAUGCAGCUUCUUCAGUGGCAACUUCCUUGCGCCGUUGUGCGAAUGAUAAACUUCCUGUAUCUGGCAAUAGGGACACCACAGUAUCUAGAUGGAGAAAACAUUGUCCUACCCCAAUCGAAAACGACAAUAUCUUUGAGAUUGAAACGCACUGCAAGGAUCCAGAAUUGUGUUCAACUAUUGCUUGUGACAUUUACAAGCACUUGCGUGAAGCUGAGACCAAGAAAAGGCCUUCACCAGAUUUUCUGGAAACCACACAGAAGGAUAUUGACGCAAGCAUGAGGGCAGUACUUAUAGACUGGCUUGUGGAAGUCACAGAAGAAUAUCGUCUUGUUCCUGAAACCUUAUACCUCACAGUCAGUUAUAUUGAUCGGUAUCUUUCUAGCAAAGAGAUCAAUCGAGAUAAGCUGCAGUUACUUGGUGUCGCCUGCUUGCUUAUAGCUGCUAAGUAUGAAGAGAUAUGUCCACCCCAAGUAGAAGAGCUCUGCUAUAUUACCGACAAUACAUACAUAAAGGAUGAGGUUCUGCGAAUGGAAGCUUCUAUCCUGGGUUGCUUGAAGUUUGAGAUGACUGCACCUACAGGAAAAUGUUUUUUGAGGAGAUUUCUGCAUGCUGCUCAAGUAUGUCAUGAGGGCCCAGCUUUGCAUCUUGAGUUCCUAGCUAGCUACAUUACUGAGUUGUCACUUCUGGAGUACAGCUUACUUUGCCAUGUACCUUCACUGAUAGCUGCCUCUUCAAUUUUCUUGGCGAAUUUUAUCCUUAAGCCAACAAAGAAUCCUUGGAAUACCACUCUUUCCUAUCACACACAAUACAAACCAUCCACAUUACGCGAUUGUGUAAAGGUACUACACCGGCUUUUCCGUGUUGGCCUUGGAAGCAACCUCCCUGCAAUUAGAGAAAAGUACAGCCAACACAAGUACAAAUUUGUAGCGAAAAAGUACUGCCCGCCAUCGAUUCCAGCCAACUUCUUCCAAGAUGCUAGCAGUUAGAACUUGGAACAUCAGAUCAGGUUCGGUUACUCAUUCAGGUCUUCCGGUGGCUGGUGGCCCGAAGUUGCUAGGCUGAUUUGUACAGAUUGCUGUGCAUGCAGGACAUACAGACACCAUUGUUGUUGAUUGGUGGUAUACAUUGUUGGCAAAACCUGUGCAGCUAUGUUUAUUUGAUUGGAAGGAGGCAAUGUUCGUGAUGCUGUCCGUAGUUUCUCCCCCACAUUUAAAUGCUUAGCUGUGCUGCAGUCUGUUUCUUUUUUUUUUUUUGAAGGAGCUGCAGUCUGUUUCUUGGGUAUGUAGUGUACGUUAUAGUCCAGUCAUAUCUCGUAACACCUAGCUUGUUCGAUAUGUUUCUUGGAGUGUGACGUCAAAACAAAGAUGAAUGUGUUGACUAUAGGCAGUUGCCUAAGAACCGCAUUCUAGCGGUGGUUAUUCUGAACAACUUAUUUUCAUUCCGGUUGACACAACAGUCUGAAUGCAAAACAAGAAAAGUCUGAAUCAUCUUUUUUGUAAGACAGCAACUUGUAAAUCAUCUAUCAAUUCUAUUGUUUUAUUUUUAUUUUUA